UUGUGUGAUGGUAAAAUGCUUCCAAUUUUUGUUUUAUGAACUGUUCAUAUUUUUUUCUAAAUUGGCUUUUUCGCACCUAUAAAUAUGUAUAUAUUUUUUUUUUUUAUGUAGGAUUUAUCUUGCCUGUUCAUAUUUUUUUUUUUUUUUUCCAGCUAGCUUUUCCCAUUUUUGUUUUAAACGAACAUACAUAAGUGUACAUUUUUGCAUCUUAGCAGUUACCAUUUUCGUUAUCACUAUUUGAUAUAUCUUCUGUGGUGUGAAGGUUGUGCUGCCCGCGCCUGUUUGACGUUGCCGCAUCUUUAACUGAACAGGGAACGCCUGGCACAGAGGAGGCCCACUUUAGCAGAUGGAAAAAUCUGAAAAAUGGGGAACUACAACAAUUUGGGAGAAGCGAAGAAGGAAUGUGCGUGCCCCCACAAGCAGAGUAGAGCAGCGACACUUGAAGUUAGCAUACCUUUGCGCUAAGAAGUGAGGGGGGAGCAGCAAAAAGAGCAGUCAAAAUAAGUGAAGCAAUUAAAUAGUUAAGGAGGCCCCCCUCCCCCCAAGCAUGAUAACCAUUUACAAGGAACACCUGAAAGGCAGCCACCACUUCAGCCGCGUAUUCGCGUACGUGCUUCUAAACCUGCGUAAUAAGGAAAACUUCUUUAAAAAAAGAUCCCUUAGGGGAGACCCUUUUUUUAGCAACUGGGAAAAAUCGCAUUACGUGAAGAAGAGGACAGUAAACGAGAGUAGGAAGAAGAAGAAAAAAAAAAACCUAGUCAUCCAUUUUGCCACUAGCCAAAUUAGCUACUUUUACUUUCACUACUUUGUGUAUAUAUUGUUGCCAAAACUGAGAUGUCUGUCUGACUGCGAAAAAAAGAACAUUCUGGAAAACGUCUAUUUGGUUGAUCGCAGGAAUACCGAUGAGAAUGUGAAGGGACAUAUAUACAACAAAAUUAAGCAAGGGGGAAGUAACAUUAUUUUUUCCGACCAUGUGCUAGCCAAAGAGGAAUAUGAUUACACACACACGUUGGGAUUAUUUUUAGAAAAUCCCUUCUUCAUGGACAUACUUGAAAAUGCAAAGGUAAGAAAGGUAAGGCGGCAACAUGCACACUCUUUUAAGAGCAUAAAUAGGCAGCGCUUUUGGAGAAAUACACAAAUGAGCAGGUUUCACUCGGACAGAAGUAAAAACUACUUUGCAUGUAGCAGCUGCUUGUAUGGGACGUACUUCUGGGGGAGUCGUCACCCCAGUGAGUACAACGUAGUGACCAUACUGAAGAGAAAGGCAAACUUAAGUGCCUUCAAAAAAUGCAACGAGGUAAUUCAAGACAUUAACAAUAAUGUGUACUGGGUUAACCAUCACUCUUUUUAUAAAUUUUACGAAACGGCAUAUGUCAGUUUUGUAUAUCAUCGUAUGAGCCUUUUGCAGAGUUUUGUUGACAUGGUAAUAAGGAGGAAGGGGGGGGCUCCGGGAGGAGAAAAAGCUAUUUACAUCGACUUCGACCAUGCCGCUAAUUUGUACGUGAAGUAUUUACAGCUGUUAGCAAGGGUUAGGUCUUUUUCAGGCUGUCCACGGGAAGGAGGGUUAGCUGCGCAUGGGGAUGAGAAUCCUGCGAAAAAAUCCAGCGACACGAAAAAAAAGAGCCUUCUUCGGGAAAUAAAAAAAAAUCUGAACCUACAUGUCUGGAGUAGGAACCAAAAGGAGAGCUUCUACUCCGAUUUAGUCAAAAUGAAGUUUCGCAAGUUUUACAAUUAG